GGGCCGCCGGCGGGGAUGGCCGUCGCCCUGCCGCCCGGCCUGGGCCCGGGCGGCGCCGGCUGCGGGGGGCACCAGUGCGCGGCGGGCGCGCUGGCGAUGGGCAGAGGUCGGCCCGGCGCAGAGCCGCUGGGCGCGCGAGGGGGCCCGCCGCCCCCAGAGGAGGCGUGCCCGGGCCGCUCGGCCGGCGCCGUCGCGGCCCUCGCGGGGACGCUGGCCGCAGGCGCACGCCGGGGCCGCCGGCGGGGCCACCAGAGAGCCUCGCGGCCCCCGGCGCGCUGGCCAGCGCGCGCGGCGGCGGUGGCCGCGGAGACCGCCACCGCCGCCGACCCCGAGGAGGACGAGGACGAGAUGCAGGGCAUGAUGGACGAGCUGCGCAGUGAGCUGCGCGCCCUGCAGCCCGAGGAGGCCGACGGCCCGGAGGUGGCCACGGACGGGGCGGCGGACGCGAUCACGGACAUGACGGUCGACGUGAGCAAGAUAGAACGCAGCGGCCAGGUCUGCGUGAUGGGCGUGCCCAACUCGGGGAAGUCCUCGCUGGUCAACGCCCUCGUGGGGGCCAAGGUGUCCAUCGUGUCGCCGAAGCCGAACACCACGAGGCAGCGAGUCAUGGGCAUCGCCCUGCUCUCCCCGAGGCCAGGCGCCCCCCCGAACACGCAGGCCGUGUUCCAGGACACCGCCGGGAUCAUGGAGCUGGCCCAGGGCAACCUGGCGUCCGAGGACGUCCAGCAGCGACAGGUGGCCUACAAGCAGAAGGCGCUGUUCAAGCAGAACCCGUUGCACAAGGCAAUGGUGAGGACAGCUUGGAAAACAGUAAAGCAGAUGGACGCCGUGUUCUGGGUCCUCGACGCCUCGAAGCUACGCAUGUACGGGGAUUACUUCCCAGAGACCCCGAUGCUGGACGGGGUCCCCGUGGGACCGCCCACGCCGGACGCGUGGUGGCUCCACCCGGAGCUGAGGGAGGAGCUGGGCUUCCUCCGGAGGAUCAGGUACAAAUCCCUCCGCAAGGUCCACGUGGUGCUAAACAAGGUCGAUUUGCUGCCCGCGCUCGAGGUUGACGAUCCCGACGGGUUCAUUUCUAGCGUGAGGGAGCGGUUGGCCAAGGACCUCGGCAAGAACAACGAGGGCGAGCCCUUGCUGGGCAAUUUCUGGCCAACCUCCGUGUUACGCAAUCCAGACUCGCUCGCGCCGAUCAAGAAUUGGCUUUGCGAGAAUCUGCCGAUGCAGAGCCCCGUGUACCCCCCGUCAGCGGUAAGCGACGUUCCCGCGCGUGUGGCAGCAUCUGAGAUCACUCGGGAGAAGCUGUUCGGUGUCUUGAAGGAUGAGUUGCCGUACGAGACCACCGUGGUGAACGCAAUUUGGCGCGAGUCUAAGGACGGGGUGCUGAAGCUGGGGCAGAAGGUGGUGGUCAAGAGGCAGGGCCAGGCGUUCAUAGUAAAGGGCUGUCUGAGACAAAUUGCUGCUGCGGCCGAGGACGAGAUCUCUGAGACUGUCAACUUUGGAAGGCCUGUGGAGCUGCACUUCCACAUAGAAGUGGACCCGCGUUGGAUGGAGAAGCAGGAAUAUUACGACGACGUGCAGGGCCUGCUGAGCCAGCAGAGUUCCCUACAGGCACCGCAGACGUCGUGA